UCAGAUGUACCCGAACAGGAAAACACAAAGACAGAAGGUGGAUGGACAAUAGCUGUGACUGUCAUUUUUAUAUUGACUAUAUGUGGGGUUGCUUUUUAUUAUAGAAAAUGGAAGAGCAGGAAAAAGAAAAACCAGAAAUCUGUGUGCGCUGCCGUGAAGGAGUCCAGAGACUUCCCAAACCUGCUACUUGCAUUCAACAAUUCAUCUUUUGGAAGAGACAGUCGGGUCGCAUCUGGGUUGUUAUAAAAGGGAAGGUGGUGCACACGCGUGGAGAGAUCCACGACUGUGUUUACAGAAGCCAGGAGUUUCUGAGCCCCGUAUCGUCACGUGAGCUAGUCACUGCCCAGGAGCUGCGAUCUGAGCGGAUGUUACUGCUUGGCUCUGUGGGGACAGGGAUAAGUGCCAUCUCUCAACAGCUCUUGGAAAACUGGGCUUCAGGAGAAAGCAAGAUGGCCUAUAGCCAUGUGACUACUAUAUCAUUCAGUGACUUGAACUCCAUCGAGACGCCCAUCAUCGUGAAAGCGCUUCUGGAACAGAAGUGCGAACAGCUGCUUUCAGUCCUGAGUGAUCAAAACAGUCAUGAAAAGGUAUUAAUUAUUCUUGAUGGGCUGAAUGAGUUCCGGUAGGAUCUGAACUGCCUCCAGUUCCCCAGCGGCGGGGAAACCGAUGGGAUGGAUAGCGCCUUUGACAUAAAAAUAUUGGUGUACAAAAUCAUUGCCGGGGAUCUUCUCCGUAACGCAGAUGUGUUAGUUACUGCUCGGGGUCAUUCAGUGAGUGGAAUUAGCAGGCGUUUUCGUUAUUUGGUUGUGAUCCCUGAAUUCAGUGCUGCCGAUAUUAAGGACUCCUUCAAUACAUCAGAUAAACAGAUGGAGAAAUGUAGCUCUGAGUCUAGAGGAGAAAGCAAGUUGUUGGCACUAUAUGCUUUUCCUGUGCAAAUUAAUAUGCUCUGUGAUUCCUUGAGGCACAUUCCAAGCAGUUGUGCUAACGGAGGACCAAGUGUUGGCCAAGCCGGUAUGUUGGGACAAGAAGGAAGUUGUUGCAUUAACAUCGACUCGGAUGGAGCUAGUCGUGUAGCACUGCUGAGACUUCCAGAGAGUAUUAAAGAUGUUAUCCGUCGACUGGCAAAUAUGUCCUUUGAGCAUCUGAUGCUCGGUGUCCGAAAAAUAAAGCAAGCCGACCUCAACAAAUGGCAGAUUGAUCCAAAGCUUCUCUCAAAGUAUUUUUCCAAGUUCAUUUGUAAGGCAAAUGGAAGUGGUGAAGUCUUUUCCUACCGCCACAGUGGGAUAAGAGAGAUGUUUGCUUCCUUGUAUGUUGUUCUGGAAACCCAGUCCAGAGAGGUGCUGGCAGUAUGCCUGAAUGCCAUGAAGAUCUAUAUAGCCUGCACUCAUAGGGCAGAAAUGCAGAAUUUUGACCUUUUCUUCAUGGCCCUUCUGCCUUACAGCAAUAUUGAAAGCCUCCUGCAUGCUGCAGGUCCCCUCCUUGACCCGGCACGACACAUUCUUCUGGACUGGUUUCAACGCUGGAUUGCCGCAGGGCUUAGUCCAACAGACACGCUGAAGGUUUUCCAUUGCCUUUUUCAGCUGCACGAUCAUUCUCGGGCUGAAGAAGUGUCUCGCCCUCUGAAGACCAUCACCCUGCGUAAUGUUGCCCUCAGCGCUGCGGAGGCUGGAGCCCUGCAAUAUUGUUUGGAUCAACCCGCUCUAGAUACGAUCGACCUCCAAGGAUGUGAGCUGGGGGACGAAGGCUUGGAGCAGUUUUCUUCCGUGAUAAGGAGCUGUAAAGAUGUCGGGGUGCUCAUCGAUACGUUGGGUUCGGCUGGAGCUAAGCACCUGUGCACGGCACUGGAGACGAAGAGGAGCCUGAAAACUCUUCACUUGUACGAUAACAGCGUCCAGGAUGAAGGUGUAGAAACUCUGGCUCAGGGCUUAUGGAAGAAUGACACCCUCCGGCUGUUGAACUUGUGCUCAAAUGAGUUUGGAAAAUCAGGAAUCCAGAGCAUGGAGGAAGUGAAAAAGCACCGACCUGACUUGCAGCUUGUGUUGAAGGUGACGGAAAGCGAACAGCUGCUUGACGCAGUGCUAGAAAUGGUGGAGGAGGUAUCCGGUGAACGGCACACGUUCGACAAAAAGUGGCUCCAAACACGAUUCAGGCUGCCGAGAAAGAGCUUCACGACGAAGGGAAUCUGAGGGAGCCUGGGAGAGGAAAAGUCGUAGAGCUAAAAAAGUUGUUGAGAAACGUUGAAGACCACUUUCAGACGCAGGGACAUGGGACGAGAGGACUGUCCAGGUGAAGUAAAAGACUGUCCCCCAGGCGAAAAAGGCAAAUUCGUUCAGAGUAGGCAAGCGCUGAAGUUUUAGAAAGCUGGAGGGCUCUUUGAAUGACUUCAGCCCCCCGAACGUGUGCAUCCCACUUGUGGGCUUGCUCUUCCCGUCAGGGGCAGUGUCCCGUUCCUGGCACUCCCCCAAGCUCAGUGCUGGGUGCAGAGUUUGCUCCGUUCAUGACUCCUUCCUACCUUCUCUGGGCCCAAGGGUCCUCCUUUCUCUGACGGGCAGACUACUGGCCGUCCCAGCCAGGGCGCCAAAUGGAGCAGGCUCCAGGGGUGGCCGUGAUGCCCCGGGGCCACGCGAUCCCUGCCUGGCUCCAGCUCGAGGGUGCCCGUCCCUCCUUUCUCACCCGCCUCGUCUUUGAUGGAGUUGUUUUAUUGGGAGGGCUGCCUGCGGGUCCUAGGCUGAGCCCCAAUGUGCCUAAUAGCCAGCAGGUCCCUCCUGGACACUGCUCUCAAUCCUGCCAUUAAGCUGCACGGGCGCUUUCUGCCCGGCAGUGCCCCAGGGCACCUGUAAGCCUUAAAGGCUAGUGACAUGUAGUUGUUACCAUGUUGUGGCUCGACCUUCUCGGCCCGUGCCCCUUUUCUCUUGCUGAGCCCAAUAGCUCGAGUCUGCUGGGGCAGAGCAAACUUCGGGUCCCAGCUUCUGUCUCUCCUCCUUGCAUCCUGAGCCCUUUGGCUCUGGUCUUAGUCCCCCCUGGCCUGGUGCCUAAUAGCCAGCAGGUCCCUCCUCUGCAACCGCCUUAUGUGGUCCAAUCCACCUUUUCAGACUCAGGUCACCCCUUGCAACAUGUCAGCUUAUUUUUGGACUAUGGAAAAAUCGAGCCAGUCUUCUCUUGCAAAGACCUCGGGCAGACCACAGCAGCUCAGAGUGUUUCUCUCGCUGUUCUUUCCUAUUUGAAAUCUGGGUUUCUCCUGUGCAGGUGUCUGCACAACUAAGCGUGGUGAUAUUGAGAGUCCCCCUCCACAACCCUCCCAGGAUCUCCUGGCACCUUGGCUGAGAAUUGCUGCCCCGGGGCAGAAGAGGAGGGGGUCUUCCCCGGGCCGUAGGCCAUGAUUUUGGAGAGGCAGGGGGUUCCCCGGGGUUAAGCCCAGCGCCACAAUCGGGUCUCUGUUUUCCAGCCGGCUGUGCUAGCGUCAACCGCAUCUACAGCCGGGGCAGGGAGCGGGUGUCGGUGCUCAUUAAUAAACUCAAGAAAACAGAGCCUGGUGUCUUAGUGCUCUCCCACCGCUCUCCAGGGACACUUAUUGCCAAAGGUUUUGCCAUGGCCACUGCCACCCUUCAGUAUUUUCCAGUUCCCUUUUCGCCGUUCUCAUGACACUGUUCAUUGGCCGGGAAGGAGGGCUUUUGCAGCGGUGGACCAUGUUGGGGAACCAUUGCUCUAAGAUAAGCGUC